AUGACCGCGGCUGUGGAUGCACACGUCGCGGGCCUCGAUCUAGCAGAGGCAGUACUGAUGCCCCUUUCGUGCAUCAGCAACGUCCCUACUAGCCCACGCAGCGCCAAGAAGCAGCGAUUGAUCACGGAAUGCCGGUCGCCGACGACCCCAGCUCAGCCACGGGCGCUUGCUUUUGGCGCCGACUGCGGCGCCGCCGCCCCGCGCCCGCCUAUUGUCGAGGAAGACCCCCUGGCCGAGCCGCUCGCCUCUGCGCGCGAGCUGCUGCGCGACCCCUCCGCCACCGACGGCGCGCCGCUCGGACGCGAGGCGCAGCACGAGCGCGUCGCGGCGGCGGCGGCGGCGUUUGCCGCGGGCGGGCGCGGGGAGGCGCUCUAUGUUUCAGGUCUGCCCGGGACGGGGAAGAGCCACACAGUAUCCCGCGCGCUGCGCGCGCUUGACGCUGUGGAAGGCGGCGCCGUCUCCACCCUCUGGAUCAACUGCAUGGGCGUCGCCAACGCGGGCGAGGCGUACGGGCGGAUCCACGCGGCAGCGCUCGCGGCCGCCGCCGGCGGCGCCCGAGCCAGCACGCCCGGCAAGCGCAAGGCGCCGGGCGGCGGCAACUGCGGCGGCGCCAGCAGCAGCAGCAGCGUGACGGGCAGCCUGUCAGUCAGCUACGAGCAGCUGCUGCAGGCGCUCAGGGGCGGCAGCGGAGGGGCGGACGCCUCCAAGAAGCGCCGCAGCGUCGGCGGCGGGCGCGGGGUCGGCGCCGGGGCGGGGUGCGGCGGCCCCGCGGUGGCGGUUGUGCUUGAUGAGGUGGACGCCCUGGUGGGCAAGGGCCAGCAGGUGGGUGGGGGCUAG